AUUCCCCGGCGUGUGAUCGCUGUCGCCCCGCACCCCAACCCCACGACGAGCCUGUCAGCUGAUCCGUCACGUGUCUCUAUGGCCCCGCCCUCCCUCAAAAUGGAGUUGUCGGAUUCCGUGCAGAGAGGGCUCCGGUCUCUCGGCGACGCGUCCGCCGUGGACCACGCCACCUUCCCGGCUCUGGUCGACGUCUGCUUCCGCUCUCUGCUGUCUGCCGGUCGAGACGCGGGGUUGCUGGAGGAGCCCGAACUGAAGCAAGUUGAGGGGGUCCUGCUGAAACGGAUACACGCCGCGACCACCACGUUCAUCCUGGAGGCGGUCAGGCAAAACGCAGAUGAGUCCACGAUCAGCUCCUGCCUCGAGGAUCUGUCGUUCAGUUCGGAAAGAAUCGAAAUCCUCUAUAGCCGCUAUCAGGUGACAAGCACAUCAUUUCCUCAUCAUUGCCUUGCAUACCUUAUAUUUUAUCUUCUGUUUUCUUCACAGAAGCACAAAAAGGAGUUGGAACGAUUGUUGGCAAGCAUUGGAAAGCAACCAGCUCACAUUACUGACGUGUCAUGGCGGCUCCAAUAUCAUGUCAAGAAUGGAGUGGUCGACAAGGUCAACGAGCCUUUCUACUUAUUAUCGCUCAACACGCAGAAUAAAGGUAGUCCCGAGGAUAUCACCUUUACCUGUACCAUGGAGCAGUUACAGGACAUGGUUGGCAAGCUGAAGGACGCAGCCAAGAGCGCAGAGAAAGCCAGUCAGAUGUGCCGCAGCCAGCCGAUCCCGGCACGCAGGUACGUGCUUCCGGCGUCGCCGCAGCCUCGAAGCGGCACCCCGCGCCGGUCGUGUCGCGGAUCUUUUCGCGGCUCUCCCCGCGCGCCGAUCCAGCGGCGGAUGUUGAGGCUUUCGUCGGUGCGGCGAGCAACGACCGACGUGGAGAUCCGUGUGUGUGUGUCUGCGCACUUUCCGAGGGAUCUCCGGGCGAAAAGAGCUCCUUGGCUCAUCAUGCAUCGGACGACGAGGAUCAAGAUUACCGAGCUCAACCCUCACCUCAUGUGCGUUCUGUGCGGGGGUUACUUCAUCGACGCCACCACCAUCAUCGAAUGUCUGCACUCAUUUUGCAAAAUGUGCAUCGUCCGAUACCUGGAAACGAGCAAAUAUUGCCCAAUCUGUGACGUGCAAGUGCACAAAACCAAGCCUCUGCUCAACAUUAGGUCUGACAAAACUCUGCAGGACAUCGUGUAUAAACUGGUGCCAGGCCUUUUUAAAAAUGAAAUGAAGAGGAGAAGAGACUUUUAUGCUGAACACCCUGUGGAAGCUUCUAACGGCUCCAACGAAGACCGAGGCGAGGUGGCAGAUGAGGACAAGAGAAUAAUCACAGACGAUGAGAUCAUCAGCCUCUCCAUUGAGUUCUUUGACCGGAGCGGCAGACUGACUGGUGGACUUGAGGACAAGCAUUCAAGCAAAGAUCAGGUGGCAAACAAAAGGUACCUGCAGUGUCCGGCGGCAAUGACCGUCAUGCAUCUGAGGAAGUUCCUGCGCAGCAAAAUGGACAUCCCCAACACUUACCAGGUGGAAGUGAUGUAUGAAGAUGAACCCCUGAAAGAUUACUACACGUUAAUGGACAUAGCGUAUAUCUACACUUGGAGAAGGACGGGCCCACUUCCGCUCCAGUAUCGUGUCCGGCCGAACUGCAAGAAGCUGAAGGUGAGCCACAGCCAGCAGGAGAGCGACUCUGCCAGCGACAAAGCCGGAAGUCCCGCUGAAGCCCCGUCGACGUCCUCCUCUCUGCCGAGCCCAUGCGACGCUGCGCAGUCCUCGCUGCCCCCCCCUCGCGGCCGUCCAGGCAACAACGUGAAUGGGACCCUGGCGGUGGCCCUCUCGACUCCCAGCCGCCCUUUCGCACAGCUCGGCAAGCCCCGGAAGGUUUCGCUCAACGGCUCGGCGACCUCGUCGGGAUGACAACACCGAGAGUGGACCGUGCCGGCCAACGGGAGACACGCUCAGCUCACCCCGUUACCAGGCCAACAUUGAUCCAUUGUAGUGUCUUUCGCUCUCCGGUCUGACGUUUUAUGGCUGUUUCCUUUCUGUAGUACAUUUCACAAUAAAACCGGGAAAUUG